AUGCCCCCCUGGUUAAGCUGGCUGACACCGGCCAUUCCCCUGCUACUGCCCUGGCUGGGCAGGGAUUGGUCAGGGAUGGUUCAGGCAACUGUGUGUUCACGGUGGGAUCGUUCGGUUGGUCUGGAUGACCGUGGUCUCUCCCAGGAAGGUGAAGUCGUGAUCGGGGGUCUCAUCCCCUUCCAUAACCUCGCUCCUGCUCCAGACUUGAGCUUCAGCCAACCCCUUGACCUGCAGUCCUGUGUCAAUUUCCAAGAGGAACCAUUGCAAUGGGCACAUGCGCUGGUGUUUGCGGUGGACGAGAUUAACCGUAACCACUUCCUGCUGCCGGGGGUCCGGCUGGGCUACCGUAUCCUGGACAGCUGUAGUCAGCACCCCUGGAGCCUGCGAGGGGCACUGUCCCUGGUGUCAGGGGGGAACAUCAGAUCACGGACAUCUAGUGACUGCCCUGUUCCUCUGGUCAUUGGUGAUGCAUCGUCCACUCAGACCAUCAUCCUGGCUAGGACCCUGGGGCCGCUCUCUGUGCCUGUGAUCAGUUACCAGGCCAGCUGUGGCUGUCUCAGUGACAGACAGGAGUUCCCUAACUUCUUCAGGACCAUCCCCAGUGAUGUCUACCAGGCCCUCACCAUGGCCCGGCUCACCUGGCUCUUGGGAUGGACCUGGGUCGGGGCUAUCGCUGUAGACAAUGACUACGGUCGUCUAGCCAUACAGGUGUUUGAGGAGGAGAUUCGGGGAACGGGGGUGUGCCUGGCGUUCUUUGAGACCGUCAACCGGGCCAACCUGGUGAGGGAUGUGAAGCGAGCAGCAGACACGGUCCAGGCCUCGACAGCACGGGUGAUCCUGGUCUUCCUCUGGUACACUGACAUGGGGGCGUUACUCCUGGAGCUGGGGAGGAGAAACGUGACGGACAGGCAGUUCCUGGCCAGUGAGGCAUGGAGCACCAGCGGACAACUCCUACGAAACCCCGCCCUCUUUAACGUCGCUCAGGGCGUCGUGGGUGUGGCUAUCCGCAGUGCACCUAUUCCUGGCUUUGAGGCCCACCUUCGAAGUCUCCACCCCUCUCGUCGUCCCGGAGAUGUCCUGUUGAAGGAACUCUGGGAAACAGAGUUUGGUGGGGCAGAGACUCUGGAGGGGGUACAGAGCCCUUUCACAGACACAUCCCAGCUGAGAAUAACCUAUAACGUGUACCUGGCUGUGUAUGCUGCAGCCCACGCCCUCCACAGCCUGCUGUCCUGCUCCCAGAGAGACAGCCCUACCUGGGGAAGCAGCUUCACCUGCUCCCCUCCUCACAACAUCAGCCCAGCGGAGCUGUUGCAGCACCUGAACCAGGUUAACUUCACCACUCCACUUGGGGAGCCGUUCUACUUCCGAGGCGCGGACGUCCCUGCUGUGUAUGACCUUGUGAACUGGCAGGCCACGCCCCAGGGGUUGCUCAAACUUGUCACGAUUGGCCGUGUAGACGGGUCCAAUCUCCACAUCAACCAAUCAGCCAUCCAGUGGAACACAGGAUCUAAAACGGUGCCUGUGUCAGUGUGCAGUGACAGCUGUCCCCCAGGCACCCGUGUAGCCAGGAAGAAGGGGGAGCCUGUCUGCUGCUUCGACUGCAUCUCCUGUGCUGAGGGAGAGGUCAGCAACACCACAGGCUCUAUGCAAUGUGACCGCUGUCCUCUGGAGUUCUGGUCCAACAGCCAUCGGACCGCCUGCGUCCCUCGUCAGCUCGAGUUCCUCUCUUUCAACGACGUCAUGGGCGUCACCCUGACCACUGUUGCCGUGUGCGGCACUGUGGCAACAGUGGCUGUGUUUAUGUUCUUUGUGUACCACCGCCACACCCCUCUGGUGCGGGCCAACAACUCGGAGCUGAGCUUCCUGCUUCUCCUGUCACUCAAGCUCUGCUUCCUGUGUUCGUUGGUGUUCAUUGGGCGUCCCUCUGUGUGGGCGUGUCGGAUCCGCCAGGCGGCGUUUGGGGUCAUCUUCGUGCUCUGCCUCUCCUGCCUCCUGGUCAAGACCAUCGUGGUUCUGGCUGCGUUCCGCUCAGCCAGGCCCGGUGCUGGGCAGCUGAUGAGGUGGUUUGGACCCGGUCAGCAGAGAGGGAGUGUCUUCCUCUUUACCACUGUUCAGGUGAUCAUCUGUGCCGUGUGGCUGUCCGUGAGCUCUCCUCUGCCUUACCGUGACCUAGGCCUCAAGGGGUCAAAGGUCAUACUCGAGUGUGAGAUUGGCUCUGUGGUCGGUUUCUCUCUGGUGCUGGGCUACAUCGGCCUGUUGGCCUCCCUCUGUCUCCUCUUAGCCUUCCUGGCCAGGAAACUCCCAGACAACUUCAACGAGGCCAAGCUCAUCACCUUCAGCAUGCUGAUCUUCUGUGCCGUGUGGAUCUCCUUCAUCCCUGCCUACAUCAGCUCUCCUGGGAAGUACGCAGACGCUGUGGAGAUUUUCGCCAUCUUAGCUUCCAGCUUUGGGUUACUGCUCUGCAUCUUCGCGCCAAAAUGUUACAUCAUCCUACUGAGACCAGAGAGAAACACCAAGAAACACAUGAUGUCCAAUUAG